AUGUGUGGUAUUUUUGCUUGUCAUUGUCACCCAGAUGUCAAGGCUUUCAAGCCUACGGCCUUGCGAAUGGCGAAGCAAGUUCGUCAUCGUGGACCAGAUUGGAGUGGAAACGUUAUUUCCAACAACACAAUUCUUGCGCAUGAGCGUUUGAGUAUCGUUGGCGUUGAGAGUGGAGCGCAACCAAUCACCAACGCAGACGAUACCCUCGUACUCGCAGUCAAUGGCGAAAUUUAUAACCACAGAGUCAUCCGUAAGGGACUCAAGAACCAAUACCACUUCAAGACACAUUCCGAUUGCGAAGUCAUAAUACCACUGCAAGACCGCACAAUUGCUGCACGCGAUCCCAUUGGCAUUACCAGUUUCUACCAAGGAUGGUCGAGCAAGACACCAGGAGCCGUAUACUUUGCAUCUGAACUGAAAUGCCUGCACCCUGUCUGCGACAAAAUCAUUGCUUUCCCUCCAGGACAUGUUUAUGACUCAAAAACCGACAAGACAACAAGGUAUUUCGAGCCAUCUUGGUGGGACCCAAAGAACGUUCCAUCAACCCCAAUUGAUUACAAGCUUUUGAGAGAAACACUUGAAAUGUCUGUUCGUAAGCGUCUCAUGGCUGAGGUUCCUUACGGAGUCUUGUUGUCCGGAGGUCUCGACUCGAGUUUGGUGGCUGCCAUCGCUCAAAGAGAGUCUCUACGCCUGAAAGCCGCUACGCUAGCUGCAAUUGAGAGCGGAAGUGGAACUGCGACACCAACCGCUAACGAGGACCAAGGAGAAGGACUUGUUGGUAUUGAUGACGAUAACAAAUUGUCGACUCUCACCUACCUUCCUCAACUCAACUCCUUCUCCAUUGGUCUACCAAACUCCCCUGAUACCAAGGCUGCGAAAGAAGUUGCCAAGUUCCUUGGUACCAAGCAUCAUGAUAUGACUUUCACCAUUGAUGAUGGUUUGAACGCGCUUUCCGAUGUUAUUUUCCACUUGGAAACAUAUGAUGUAACAACUAUCCGUGCAUCUACUCCUAUGUUCCUUCUCUCGAGAAAGAUCAAGGCUAUGGGUGUCAAGAUGGUAUUGAGUGGAGAAGGUAGUGACGAAAUCUUUGGAGGUUACCUAUACUUCCACGCUGCACCAGAUAAGGCAGCUCUUCACGAAGAGACCGUCCGCAGAAUCAAAAACUUACAUUUGUCUGACUGCUUAAGAGCCAACAAGUCGACUGCCGCUUGGGGAUUAGAAGCUCGUGUUCCUUUCCUCGACAAGGAAUUCCUCGAAGUUUCCAUGAACAUCGACCCACAAGAGAAGAUGAUUACCAACGAUCGUCUUGAAAAAUACAUUCUCCGAAAGGCUUUUGACACAUCAGAUGAUCCAAGUCAGAAACCAUACCUCCCAGAACACAUUCUUUAUAGACAAAAGGAGCAAUUCAGUGACGGUGUUGGCUACGGAUGGAUCGAUGCUCUCAAGGAUAACGCCGAGCUACACGUUACCGAUGAGAUGAUGAAGAACCCCAAGCCUGAAUGGGGAUCCGAUAUUCCGGAUACCAAGGAAGCUUACUGGUACCGAACAAUGUUCGACGAGCACUUCCCACCAUCUUGUGCAGAGAGUGUUAUGAGAUGGACCCCAACUUGGUCUAAACAAACCGACCCCAGUGGAAGAGCUAUUGCCAUUCACAACGAAAAGUAUGACGAGUAA